AUGAAAUGUUUAAUUGGACAACCAUGUCCCAUUCCAGACCUGAAAUAUUUCCUCCGGCCGAACAAAAUAGAAAGGGAUUUAACCAAAGCCAAGCCAAAACGAUUACUCUUCGCAUUGUUGAACACCCAAGAACAGCGAAUAAACAAUAAAAAAUUUCUAGAAUCUACAAGAGAAGAGCGAGAAGUUAGAAAUCAAAAUGCUAUUUUGUUGUAAUGUCAAUUCGGAGCUCCGUCUCAGUUGAAUGUGAUGUUUUGUUGACGAUGUUAUCAAUUGGGUAUUGUUUGAUUUCCAGCAAUAUAACUUAUCCCUCUCCUUCGAUUCGUUGGGUUAGAUAUUGUUUGUAGAAGUUGACUACUGCAAGAUUUUUGAGUUCUCCAUUGUAUGAAUGGAGGACUCUACUUCUUUAGAUGCGAUACUGGAAUUUCUGCGAAAGAACAAAUUUACAGGUGCGGAGGCUGCUUUGCGUGGUGAGCUGAAUAAAUGUUCUGACCUGAAUGAUGUGGUAGAGAAGCUUACUCUAGAGGAUGAAGAGCUGAGCAGAUCAUUAGAAGCAAAUGGGGGGAAAGCAACCGUGGAGAAUCUUGUAUUGGCCUGUCGAAAUGGUGGGGAGGUUUCCAAGGAGACAAGUUUGAGGAACAGUGGUGAAACUUCAAAGGAGCUUAUCGUUAAGGAGAUAGAGUGUGGGAUUGGGAGAAAUGGCUCAGAUUGCAAAUUGAAAAAUGUUGCGUAUGUUGGGAAGAAGGAACAUAAUGAAUCUGUUGGGACAUACAACAAAACCUUCAGUGCUUGCAACAAUGCUGAGGAUACUAUGAUUGAUAUGUACUCGUGGAGCAACAGUCCUAGUAAGGGUUCUCUUGUGUCGUAUCAGAACAAUGGUGGGACUAGUGCUGCCAAGGACUUUUCAGGCUUGGUACAUAAUCCCAGUAAUGGUUCUCUUGUGUUGCAUCAGAGCAAUGGUGGAAGUAGUGCUGCCAAGGACUUCUCAGGCUUGGUGCAUAGUGGGAAGUUGAGGCUAAAUUCAUCUGAGGUCUUAGAUAGUGGAAAGUCUCAUGCAAAAUCUGGGGAAGAUGUCAGUUUUUCUGGUGAAAAGAGAAUGUCGUGCUCUGGAAGUACCAGCAAAAACAAUGUGGAACCAAAGCACGGAAGUCAAAAUAGUGAACUCAAAAAGGCUAAUCAGCAAAUUAAACUAAACGGGACAUCCAGAGAUGUAAUUAUUACUAACCCCAGGUCAAAAAGUGAUGAAUUGACUAACCUUUCAUUGGAGCCUUGGAAAGAUUCCUCAGCUGAAACUGUUUUCCCAUUACCCAAAGGAGAUGUUUCCACAAGUUAUGAUCACAACAUUGGUACUGGUGGUAACAAAGUAGGUAAAAGGAUAACAGAAAAUGGUGUUAGGAAUACAAUUAAAGAGCAAGUGGAUGAGGUGGGAAGAGCUUUCUAUCUGGGGAAGACACCAGGAAGUGAACCAAAAGAUUUCAGCUGCUUAGGCAUUUCGAUUAUAUCUGAGUGCCAGAAAGAAGAACUACCCAGGUUGCCACCUGUUAGAAUCAAGUCAGAAGAGAAGUCCUUCAAUAUUCAUUGGGAGGAAAAGUUUGAACGAGAUGGACCUGGCUCAAAGAUUGCAAAUGGUGACAAUACAUAUGUCAUAGGUUCAUUUCUAGAUGUUCCUAUUGGACAAGAACUUACCAAUUCAGGUGGAAAAAGGAUUGGCGGAGGCAGUUGGUUGUCUGUGAGUCAAGGCAUUGCUGAGGACACUUCUGAGCUUGUUUCUGGUUUUGCAACUAUUGGUGAUGGAUUGAGUGAAGGUGUUGAAUUCCCCAAUGAAUAUUGGGAUUCUGAUGAAUAUGAUGAUGACGAUGAUGUUGGCUAUACGAGACAGCCUAUUGAAGAUGAAUCCUGGUUUUUAGCUCAUGAAAUUGAUUACCCUAGUGAUAAUGAAAAGGAAACAGGACACGGGAGUGUUCCAGAUCCUCAAAGAGGGGAAAACAAAGAAGAUGAUGAGCAAUCUUUCGCAGAGGAAGAUUCCUACUUAUCAGGUGAGAGAUAUUUCCAAUCAAAGAAUGUUGAUGCGGUUGGCCCUUCAGAUGAUCCUGUAGUGCUUUGUGAAACUGAAAUGUAUAGGAGAACUAACAUGGGUGCUCAAUACGACAGACAGUUGAUGGAUGAAGAAGAACUGAAUUUGAUGUGUGUAGAGCCUGUUUGGCAGGGAUUUGUUACUCAAACAAGUGAACUUGCAAUGUUAGGGGAUGAUAGGGCCUUGAAUGAGUGUGAAAGGCCCCGAUUGGAUGAUAUUUAUGUGGAUGGUGAUCAGCAUGGUUCAGUUAGGUCAAUUGGUGUAGGUAUUAACAGCGAUACUGCUGAUAUCAGUAGUGAAGUGCACGAAAGUUUUGUUGGAGGGAACGCUCAGGGGGAUAUAGGGUAUUUCCAUGAUCACGAUGCCAGUAUUGGUGGGACCAGACACAUACCCCCUGAUUCAGAUAAGCCUUAUUCUGAGAUGAGAAACAGAGAUGAGAAAACAGCUAAGCAGAGAUCUGACAAGUUUGUCUCGGGUACUGAUAAAGGAGGAUCUGUACAAACAAAUCACUUACAUGGAGGAUUCUCAUUUGCCCUUCCCAGAGAUGGUCAGUUGAUUCAUACAAGCUCGAGUAAAUCUUUAUGUUCAAGCAAGGGCAACACUAUUAUCACUGAUGAAGCUCAUGACAGUCUGAUUGCAAAUGAUGACAUGCUUGGUUCUUUGAGGCCCAAAAGCAGCGAGUCAUCACCUAGCAAGAGCUCAAGAGAUGAAAGCAACAAAAUUGCUGUAGGAUCAGCAAAAUCUAGCCCCUCAUCUCUUUCAAAUUAUGGUUAUGUAGAGCGGGAGCAUGUGAAGAAAGAAGAGGGCACACAAAUAGCCAGGGCAAGAGUGGAAAAUUUGGGGCAGUCAUUGGAGGAUGAGGAAGCAGUUGCUGUUCAGGAACAAGUGAAGCAGAUCAUGGCGCAGGAAGAGGAAUUUGAAACUUUCGAACUUAAGAUUGUGCAUAGGAAAAACAGAACUGGGUUUGAGGAGGACAAAAGUUUCCAGGUUGUUUUAAAUUCAGUUAUAGCUGGGCGAUAUCAAGUAACUGAGUAUCUUGGAUCUGCUGCAUUCAGCAAAGCAGUACAAGCACAUGAUCUUCAUACAGGCAUGGAUGUCUGUGUUAAGAUUAUAAAGAACAACAAAGAUUUUUUUGAUCAGAGUCUUGAUGAAAUAAAGCUUCUCAAAUUUGUCAAUAAGCAUGAUCCUGCCGACAAGUACCACCUACUUCGGUUGUAUGAUUAUUUCUAUUAUCGAGAGCAUUUGUUAAUUGUAUGUGAACUACUGAAGGCCAAUCUGUAUGAAUUUCAAAAAUUCAAUAGAGAAUCUGGUGGAGAAGUCUACUUUACCAUGCCGAGACUGCAGUCGAUCACUAUUCAGUGUUUAGAGGCUCUUCAGUUCUUGCAUGGCCUUGGGCUCAUACAUUGUGACUUGAAGCCCGAAAAUAUAUUGGUGAAAAGCUACAGUAGAUGUGAGGUGAAGGUAAUUGACUUGGGUAGCAGUUGUUUUGAAACAGAUCAUCUUUGUUCUUAUGUCCAAUCAAGAUCCUACCGCGCACCAGAAGUUAUUUUGGGGCUUCCUUAUGAUAAAAAGAUAGAUAUCUGGUCCCUUGGCUGCAUCUUGGCAGAACUUUGCACGGGCAAUGUCCUUUUCCAGAAUGAUUCUCCUGCCACAUUACUUGCUAGGGUACUUGGUAUCACAGGUCCAAUUGACCAAGAGAUGCUCGUCAAAGGACGAGACACUCACAAAUAUUUCACCAAAAAUCACAUGCUAUAUGAACGAAAUCAGGAAACAAACAGAAUGGAAUACUUAAUACCCAAAAAGACAUCCUUAAGGUAUCGAUUACCGAUGGGAGAUCAAGGUUUCGUUGAUUUUGUGGCUCAUCUUUUAGAAGUUAACCCAAAGAAGCGGCCUUCUGCCUUGGAGGCUCUAAAACACCCAUGGCUAUCAUAUCCAUAUGAGCCAAUAUCAUCAUGAAUUAUGUGAGAUCUCUUGCCACUAAAGGUUUUUCUAUUGCUUCGAUUUGGAUUCUCCAUAUGAAGAAAGCUGUACAAGCUGGGUUGUAUUUCUAUUCUGUUUCUUCCUUGUCUUUGGUCGCAGUGAUGCGUUCUGUUUGUACAUGAUGUCUACUAAUUCGUUUUAGGUUCUUUAGUGAUAGCUUGUGAAAUAGGCGCUUAUCCAGUUUUGGUUGGCUUUCGCUCAGUUGCUGCUAUAUAUCAGAAUGAAGCAAGAGCACACACAUUUCGUGAAGAUAUAUAAUAUGCAAAAUGCCUCUUCUUGAUA